AUGGAGGUGGAAAUAUUUCACGGCUCCUCUGCUAGUGGAAAUACGUCGGUUGUCCAUUCUGUUCCCCAUAAUCUUUUGGAAAUCAUUGGUAUUGCUAUUGUGUCAGCUAUAGCAAGCCUGUUUACAAUAGUGGGGAACGUCCUGGUACUGCUCUCUUUCAAAGUGAACAGCCAACUGAAGACAGUAAACAACUACUACUUGCUAAGCUUGGCGUUUGCAGACCUAAUUAUCGGAUUGUUCUCGAUGAAUCUUUAUACCACGUAUAUCCUGAUGGGAUACUGGUCUCUGGGAAACUUAGCAUGCGAUCUCUGGCUAGCUGUGGACUAUGUGGCAAGCAAUGCAUCAGUAAUGAACCUGUUAGUCAUCAGCUUUGAUAGAUACUUUUCUGUUACGAGGCCACUUACUUACAGGGCUAAACGGACACCCAGACGCGCAGGGAUUAUGAUAGGCCUGGCAUGGCUUAUAUCCCUAAUCUUAUGGGCCCCUCCGAUUCUAUGCUGGCAGUAUUUUGUGGGUGAAAGGACCGUUCCAGUAAACCAGUGCCAGGUCCAGUUCUUCUCAGAGCCUGUAAUUACAUUUGGAACAGCCAUUGCGGCAUUUUACAUUCCUGUUUCAAUCAUGACCAUUUUAUACUGCAGGAUUUAUAAGGAAACAGAGAAGCGUACAAAAGACUUAGCAGAGCUGCAAGGGGAUACGUUUAUGGACAGCCCCAACAACCAAGAUACACAAAAAAGAUCCUGCUUUAGAUUUAACUCUAACCGGACCAGAUCGCAGGGCUCGUGGUCUUCGUCAAACCAGAGUAACGUGACGAAGGCUACACAGGCUGAGGACGUAUGGACAAAGUCGGAUCUCGCUCCCGCUCUUAACAGCUACACAUCUUCUGAAGAUGAGGACAGGCCUGUUUCUGAAGAGCCGAAAAACCAGGAUGAAUUGUUAGCAUGUUAUGAAGAAAGAGAUUAUUUUGCUGACUCCAUUAAAAACUGUAAACAAAAGAACAAUAAGAAAUGCAUCUCCUACAAGUUUAAACCCGUCCUGAGGAACAUCACGUCUCAAACAGGCAGCAGUGAUGCUGACAGGGCAUCAAAUCCGUGCUCAUCAGAGCCUCCGACUGCAUCACCGUUAACCCGACCAAUGGAUGCCAACCUCAAAAAUCAAAUCACCAAACGCAAGCGAAUGGUUCUCAUCAAAGAAAAGAAGGCAGCACAGACUCUGAGCGCCAUCCUCCUGGCCUUCAUUCUCACCUGGACUCCAUAUAACAUUAUGGUUCUCAUUUCCACCUUCUGCUCCAGCUGCAUCCCUCUGUCCCUCUGGCACCUGGGCUACUGGCUCUGCUACGUCAACAGCACAGUGAACCCCAUGUGCUAUGCCUUAUGCAACAAGACCUUUCAGAAGACAUUUCGAAUGUUGCUCUCGUGCAAGUGGAGGAGGAACAGAGGGAAGGAGAAGGUCAUGCACUGGAGUGGUCGAACCCCACAACAGCCUGCAAAAUGA